ACAGGCCAUUCUGAAGUACAUAAUGGCCAACUUUAAAGUGGGAAACGACGUCAACCCCAUUAAUGUCCACCUUAAAAUGGCACUCAAGAACGGAGUGAAGAAAGGCGCUCUGAAACAAGCCAAAGGAACAGGCGCCACUGGCUCUUUCAAGUUAGGAGACAAGCCAAAGACAGAGAAAAAACCAAAGGCGAAGAAAGUCACCAAACCCAAGGCAGCCAAACCAAAGAAGGCCACAGCUUUUAAGCCCAGGAAGGCGGCAGGGGAGAAAAAGACUGCUGAGAAGAAGAAGAAGUCCCCCAAGAAAGCAGCUGGACCUAAGAAAGUUAAGACACCCAAGAAGAAGACGGCAGCCAAAUCCCCUAAGAAGGCAGCAGCCAAGCCAAAGAAGGCCAAGACUCCGAAAAAAGCAGCAGCAGCCAAGCCAAAGAAAGCCAAGACUCCCAAGAAGACAGCAGCUAAAAUGGCACGUACCAAGCAGACCGCAAGAAAAUCUACUGGAGGUAAAGCUCCACGUAAACAACUGGCCACCAAGGCAGCCCGUAAGAGCGCUCCAGCAACUGGUGGCGUCAAGAAACCCCACAGAUACAGGCCAGGAACCGUCGCUCUUCGUGAGAUCAGGAGAUACCAGAAAAGCACAGAGCUGCUGAUCAGGAAACUGCCAUUCCAGCGUCUGGUCCGUGAGAUUGCUCAGGACUUCAAGACCGACCUGCGUUUCCAGAGUUCAGCCGUCAUGGCUCUCCAGGAAGCCAGCGAAGCCUACCUUGUCGGACUCUUUGAGGACACCAACUUGUGCGCUAUCCACGCCAAGAGAGUCACCAUCAUGCCCAAAGAUAUCCAGCUUGCCAGACGAGGAAAAGGUCUUGGAAAGGGGGGCGCCAAGCGUCACAGGAAAGUUCUUCGAGACAACAUCCAGGGUAUCACCAAGCCUGCCAUCCGUCGUCUUGCACGUAGAGGUGGAGUUAAACGUAUCUCUGGACUCAUCUACGAGGAAACCCGUGGUGUCCUGAAAGUCUUCCUCGAGAACGUCAUCCGUGAUGCAGUCACAUACACAGAGCAUGCCAAGAGAAAGACCGUCACAGCCAUGGACGUUGUCUACGCUCUGAAGAGACAGGGACGACGUGGUAAAGGAGGCAAAGUGAAGGGAAAGGCAAAGAGCCGAUCUUCCCGUGCCGGACUACAGUUUCCCGUUGGUCGUAUCCACCGUCUGCUGAGGAAGGGCAACUACGCCGAGAGAGUGGGAGCCGGUGCCCCAGUGUAUCUGGCCGCUGUCCUUGAGUACUUGGCCGCUGAAGUGUUGGAGUUGGCAGGCAACGCAGCCCGUGACAACAAGAAAACCAGAAUCAUCCCCCGUCAUCUGCAGCUUGCUAUCCGCAACGACGAGGAGUUGAACAAACUUCUGUCCGGUGUGACCAUCGCACAGGGUGGUGUUUUGCCCAACAUCCAGGCCGUGCUCCUCCCCAAGAAGACCCAGAAGCCAGCCGCCAAGACGUCCGCGCCCGCUGUAAACAAAAGCAGCGAGAGCGUGAGACUUCACUAUUUCCUCGUAUUAGUUCGCAGUGAAUUGUACAGCGUUUUCGUUUCGUCCGAAGCCAUGGCAGACACAGCAACCACAACCCCAGUCAAGAAGAAGGUUACUAAGCCUAAGGUACCUGCAGCACACCCCAAGUACGUUGACAUGAUCAGGGCCGCCUUGGAAUCCCUGAAAGAGCGUGGUGGAUCUUCCAGACAGGCCAUUCUGAAGUACAUAAUGGCCAACUUUAAAGUGGGAAACGACGUCAACCCCAUUAAUGUCCACCUUAAAAUGGCACUCAAGAACGGAGUGAAGAAAGGCGCUCUGAAACAAGCCAAAGGAACAGGCGCCACUGGCUCUUUCAAGUUAGGAGACAAGCCAAAGACAGAGAAAAAACCAAAGGCGAAGAAAGUCACCAAACCCAAGGCAGCCAAACCAAAGAAGGCCACAGCUUUUAAGCCCAGGAAGGCGGCAGGGGAGAAAAAGACUGCUGAGAAGAAGAAGAAGUCCCCCAAGAAAGCAGCUGGACCUAAGAAAGUUAAGACACCCAAGAAGAAGACGGCAGCCAAAUCCCCUAAGAAGGCAGCAGCCAAGCCAAAGAAGGCCAAGACUCCGAAAAAAGCAGCAGCAGCCAAGCCAAAGAAAGCCAAGACUCCCAAGAAGACAGCAGCUAAAAAAUAAGCAAUCAUAGCAUCAUUGCAGAUUGCAAACCUUCAACAAAAGCCCUUUUCAGGGCUACCAAUAUUUUUCGAAAAGAUGUCUUAAUUACAAAUGCAAGUUGCAAAGAAACAUGCAAGUACAAUGAAUUCAUAUACACUUUAUACAGGUACAUUAAGCCCCUUCUAG